AUGGUACACGCCGAGUCUCGCUUGGUCGAGCAAGAGCCUGAUCAGCACGUCGGUCAUUCCCACACCACCCAACUGGGCGACGAUCUCGGCAUCUCGGUCCAUGAAUCCAAGUUCGAAGCCCAAAAGAACAGCAAGUGCAGAAUCGCGAGCUUGACCAACAGCCCGAAACACCAAGCCACCCAGAUGGUCCCUGCCCCGGUGCGGCUCAUUGCCAUUCGCCUGGAUCUCGAAGUCGAAGGCGUGAAGCUUCGUGACGCGUUCACCUGGAAUCUUCAUGAGGUCCUGGUGACUCCCGAGCAGUUUGCGCAGAUCUUUGCCGACGAUAUCGACUCCCCGCUCUCGCAGCAGUUUGUGCCGCUCAUCUCGCAGUCCAUCCGUCAGCAGUGCCAGUCGUAUUUGGAGGAAGACAGCAGCCCAGGCAUGGGACAAAAUCCGCCUGCCCCCGUCCAUCCCUUUCCGGAGGGGCCGACAAUGAGCCUGGAGGACAUCCGCAUCAUCAUUAAGCUCGAUGUCAAUGUUGGAACUUUCCACCUACACGACCAGUUUGAAUGGCCGCUCUUUGCUCCCAACGCACCCAGCCCCGAAGAGUUUGCUCACCAGCUGUCGCUGGACCUCGGGUUCCCUCAAGAAUACAUCUCGGUGAUUGCCCACGAGAUCCGGCAGCAGCUAUGCCUGGCCCGAAUCAACUUUGAAGAGUCUGCACACGUUGGUCCUGUGGUCGGAGCGGCCCCGGCUGCAACGGGCCCUGUGCCAGGCAUCACUCCACCCCAUCUCAGCGUCCUGGGACCACAGGGAUCGGCGCUGAAUGCAAGUUACCAGUCUGAGCACAUUCAAGAAGGUGAUUGGAUCCAGUCCGAGUCCAGCGAAAAGGGCGGCCGAGAGAAAUCCAAGAGGAAGCGAAACCGGCAAGGCGCAUCCUACAGCUCCCAAAGUCUCAACCUGAGCGGCAACCCUUCCCACUCGGGGAUGUCUCAAAAUGCCGCGAGUAUCCACUGGCAGCACGGAGGCCCCGCGGGUGGAACCAGCAACAGCAGCAGCGGCUCCAACUCCCGCACGAUGAUGCCUCCGAGUCACCCUUCCCGUAUUCCAUACCGCAACUACACACCGACGGCCGAGGAGCAGGCAACCUUUUCUCAGUUUGCAUACGGCGCCGGUGGGGUCUAUCUGGGCGGGCCCCAGACACCGACGCAGUCGCAGACACAGGCGCAGACACCAACGCAGUCACACCACCCUAAUCCAUACCAGAACCAACUGCAGCUUCCGUUUCAGUCCACACACUACUCGUCACAGUUUGGCGGGGCAAAUGUGCCACAGCAGCAACAGCAGCAACAACAGCAACAGCAUCCUGCACACCUCUCCAUGCACUUUGCCAACAGCGGACCCGGCAGCAGCUGCAGCACCGACAACCAGGGCAGCGGCUCAACCAUCGGCGCUCAUAUGCAGCACAAUCACAUGUCGAGUGCCUCACAAAAGAAAGAGAAGCGCAAGCAGCGCGAUCCCCCCAUCAUUGACACGGAGCUGGUCGCGAAACAAGUCGAGUUGAUGCAACAGAGCGCCGACCUGUUGAACAAUCCCGGUGGCGGAGAACUCAUCAACACUGCAAACGGAAACAUCAUCGAUCUCUCGGAUUCUCGAGGCAUCAGCCCUCCCAAGAAGCACAGGGGGUUUGGUGCCAGUGCCAACAUGUUCAAUGCCGACGGAAGCAUCGAUGUUGGCGAGUUUCGGCUCGUUUGGCGAUGCUCGUGGUGCCUGCUCAGUGGCCGCUACACACCCACCCUCCGCAAGGGACCUCUCGGCUCGAAAACCCUUUGCAAUGCCUGUGGAAUCUGGUACUCGAAGCAUGGAUCCCUGCCUCAGGAUCGAUACCAAGAAAACGCAGACUGUGUAUAGGGACGCUGCUUUCUUUUCCAAAUCGCCAUCGCUCGUUGCCGCUGCGGCUGCUCCCUUCACUGUUACGGUAUCGACCGACGGCAUACGUGCUCUCGACGCCUCGUAUGCAACACUGUGGUUUACUUUCGCUUCUUUGAUUUUGCUCAUGCAUGAUGCAUGGCAUU